UAGAUGGCGAUCUAGCACUCUUGACUGGACAGUUGCAUCAGUUCCUGUGUGUGCGUGUAAAUGGCUGUGCUGUGGCUGCUGCUCCACGCUACUAUUUAUUUCCAGGACGCAGAAUAGUAAUACAUCCUCCUCUGCUAGGAAAGGCAGUGAUCAUUAUAAGACGUCACAUUCCUGCUCGGGUUGGUUCGACAAAGCCAAGUACGCAUUAUUUGUAAGCUAUUUGUAAGCUACGACAACAACAACAACCACCAGCACCAUGCCCAUGGAUAACGUAGGGAUUUCUCUGAGAUUCCCUCGCCGUGCGGAGACGAUAUCUGCGUCAGAUCCAUAGGAAAGACAGUCUUUAAUUGCUCCGGAUCGCUCAACUGUAAAAAACAAAAACAAAAACAGAAAGGGACUUCGCGUUGCAUUCUCUUCGCAACAAAUAGGACGCAAGCCGUGGAUUUGAAGAGUCAUGGAGGAAACAGUUGCUGCAGCUCCAGCCCCUGGCACCGGUGCUGCCCCACCAACCCCAAGACCUCAGUUUCCCUCCUUUGUGCCCUCCCGCAGCCUGCUAGAGUGGAGACGGAGGGUCAAGUCUGAGUAUAUGCGCCUUCGCCAAUUAAAACGCCUUAAAAAAGUAGAGGAGGUCAAGACCCUGUUCAUGUCCAACAGGCAAAAGAUUGAACAGCAGACCGAUCUCCUGAAUGCAGAGUGGUCCAGGCUCAGGAUUCAGUCCAUCCCUCUGUCAACGUCUGGUGGAGCUCAGGCCAACAAAAAGAUGUGUACAGUGGAGUUUGGCUUCCCAGAAUUCAAAGCUCAAGCCAUUGCCAUGAGACCCUUGUCAACGGUGGCAGGAAUCCCCUUCAUGUACUCCUGGUCACCUCUGCAGAACAACUUCAUGGUGGAGGACGAAACUUUCCUUCACAACAUCCCAUACAUGGGCGACGAGGUGCUGGAACAGGACGAGGCCUUCCUGGAGGAACUCAUCGACAACUAUGAUGGUGUCCAUGGUGACAGAGAGGGGGGGUUUAUCAGUGACGAGGUCUUCAAAGAGCUAGUGGAGGCCCUGAGCCAGUACUCUGACCACGAGGAGGAGGAAGAGGAGGAAGCACCGGUGACAGCGGUGACAGCGGUGACAGCGGUGACAGCGGUGACAGCGGUGACAGCAACAACGGCGGAGGUGACGGGAAAGAAGGAGGACGAGAGAGUGAUGAGGAGCUCAGUGGAGGGUUCAGAAGAGACCAAACCUGGUACUGUGGCAUCCAUCAGGAGGAAGAGGAGGAGCACUACGGAGGUGAGGGACUUGUCCAGCAGCAAGAAGGUCCCCAACGAUAACAUAUUUACAGCCAUCGCCUCAAUGUUCCCUUACAAGGGCACCACGGAGGAGCUGAAGGAAAAGUACAAGGACCUCCUUGAGCCCCCCAGUCCGGUGAAGCUGCCCCCACUCUGCACCCCCAACCUCGACGGACCCUUUGCUAAGUCUGUACAGCGGGAGCAGUCGUUACACUCCUUCCACACGCUCUUCUGCAGACGUUGCUUCAAAUACGACUGUUUCCUCCACCCUUUCCAUGCUACACCCAAUGUUUAUAAGAGGAAGAGUAAGGAGAUCCGCAUUGAGACUGAACCAUGUGGUGUAGACUGCUUCCUGUUACAGAAAGGGGCUAAAGAAUUUGUGGAUCAGAAUAUGUUACGGUCACAGAGGUCUCGGCGGCGCCGAAGGCAGCAGCGUCCCACCUGCUCCAGCUUUCCUGGACCGUCUGCAUCUGCUGAGGAAGGAAAGGAGGGCUACAGUGACCAUGAAACCACCUCCUCAUCAGAGGGGAAUUCGCGAUGCCAGACUCCCACAAAGCUGCGUCUAAGGGAUGAUGAAGGAGAGCAGCAGGCGAGCUGUGUGGUUCAGUGGAGCGGGGCGGAGGAGUCACUCUUCCGGGUGCUACACGGCACCUACUUCAACAACUUCUGCUCCAUCGCUCGUCUCAUCGGUACAAAGAACUGCAAGGAGGUGUACGAGUUUGCAGUAAAGGAGGUCCUGAUCCAUCGAGUUCCUUUGGUUGAUGGAGGCAUCGAGCCCCAAAAGAAGAAACGGAAACACAGGUUAUGGGCAAAGAUUCAGCUAAAGAAAGAUAAUUUGUCCAAUCAGGUGUACAACUAUCAGCCAUGUGAUCACCCCGACCAUCCAUGCGACAGCUCCUGCCCGUGUGUGAUGACCCAGAAUUUCUGUGAGAAGUUCUGCCAGUGCGCCCAUGAGUGCCAGAACCGCUUCCCAGGCUGCAGGUGUAAGACACAGUGUAACACUAAACAGUGUCCCUGCUACCUGGCCGUGAGGGAAUGUGACCCAGAUCUGUGCAUGACCUGCGGCACUGCAGACCACUGGGACAACAAAGCAAUCUCCUGCAAGAACUGCAGCAUCCAGAGAGGCCUAAAAAAGCACCUGCUUUUAGCUCCAUCAGAUGUCGCCGGAUGGGGCACCUUCAUCAAAGAGUCAGUUCAGAAGAAUGAGUUCAUCUCUGAAUACUGCGGAGAGCUGAUCUCCCAAGAUGAGGCAGACCGACGUGGAAGGAUCUAUGACAAAUACAUGUCUAGUUUCCUUUUCAACUUGAACAAAGACUUUGUUGUGGAUGCCACGCGAAAGGGGAAUAAAAUCCGCUUUGCAAAUCAUUCAGUUAAUCCCAACUGCUACGCUAAAGUGGUAAUGGUGAAUGGAGACCACCGCAUUGGUAUCUUUGCCAAACGAGCUAUCCUGCAAGGAGAGGAGCUCUUCUUUGACUACAGGUAGAGUCACGGUCCUUUUAGUGACUCUCCAUCUGCUUCAAAAUACAGCCAAGCGGAUGCCCUCAAAUAUGUGGGGAUAGAGAGGGAGGUAGAUAUGACUUAGCUACACCUGCUGCCUACCUCCAUAACCUAUCCCUAACUCCUCAGCCAGCCACUAAUGCUUCUGUCCCUCCCUGUAGCGUCACGUAGCUGAUGAGUUUCUAUGAGCAGUCAUUGUGUCUGCCUUCUCUGCUGCACUUCUAAAAAUAGAGAGUCCCUCCCUGCUUUAUGCAGAUACCAUACCACCUCCUUCAGUGACAGCAGUCAGCUCUCCCUCUCAUCUGCCCACCCACCCACCUACCUGCAAGAGUGUAUACGCCAAGCUUAUGAAAUUAAACUAUUUAAAGUGGAAAUACUAUUAAUCCGUAUCGCUUACUGCACCAAGAGGAUCACAUUUGUUUGUUUUUGUUUCAUCUUGUCAAAGCAAUGAAGUCGCAAUUACUCAUCAUACAGUGUAUUACUCUCUCAGCAAUUUUAUUACUGUACUUAUAGACCGGCUUUUGUUUGACAUCUCAAUACGUAGUGCAAGCUUUUACAUCGUACUUAAUGAUGAUCAGUGAAAUGCAUGUGCUGUCUCUUGGAUAAACAAACCAUUAAACAUGUUAGCCACAGCAUUAGCUUCAGUCAGAUGCUGCUCUGUGCAGUCUUUCAGUAUUGUAGUGUGAUGUUACUGCCUGUUCUUCAGAAUAACUUGACUAGGUUUGACAGUGUUGUAUGUUCUUCUAUGAACCUUUUCAGCGGCUAGCAUCACCACCAAAUCUUUAUGGUAAAAUUAGUUAUUGUGCAUUUAUAUCAUUGUUCGGCAAAAAUAUAGGCAGCCAGACUAGAAACCGACUGACUGAAUGUAACCUGUAGAUGAUGGUGAAGAGAUCUCAUCCCUCUUUUCAUUUUACACAUUAACCCAUUCUACUGGUACUCUGAGCAACGUACAUGCACAUCAAACAUUUAUCAUCAUGUUUACAUGAUCUUGAGGCCUUCACAUCUUGUGAAGGAAAUAAUUAAUAAAUUAACAAGUCACACAGUAAAUGUCUUCCUUUACAAAUCGUAUAAGUGCCAAAUGAUUUCACACAGAAAAAGGCUGAAACAGUGUGAAUGUGUUGCAUAAUUAACAGAGAUGUGUUUGCAGGGUUUUGACCAUGGGAAAAGCAAAAUGAUCCGUGUUUGACCAAAUAUUAAAGUCCCCCACAUGUGAAUGUAAGAUAUCUUUUAUCAUCUUUUCUUCAUUUUUUUUAUAUGUCCAGAUUUGUUAUUCACCCUGUUUUUCAUUUACAAAACAUUAACACCCACUUUGAAAUGAGAUCUUUCUCAAUAGGGAUGAACAAAAUGGAGUUUACUGCUUUGUACAGUGUAUGCCUAUAAAAAUAAAAGUUUAACUUUAUACAAUAAAA